AUGACGACGACGUCGUCGGCGGUGAAGAACAGCUUGUUGCCACCUGGGUUGGUGUCGAAUUUGCAGGACGUGCUGGCGAAGAGGAAGGCGGGCCCACAGUCGGAAUCAUCAUCUCCCCCUCCGAGUAAUGAUGGUAAUCAUGGUAGCAAUGGGACUGGGAGUGAAUUGGCGGAGCCCGCUUCGGUUUCGGGCUCUGCGCUUGAUGGUGAGCCCGAAAGCAGCUCAAAGCCCGUUGUUUUGGUCACUAAUGGUGAUGGGAUUGAUUCCCCUGGCUUGACCCAUUUGGUUGAAGCUCUUGUUCGUAAAGGCCGUUAUGACGUUCACGUUUGCGCCCCUCAAUCGGAUAAAUCCACAUCUGGUCAUUCCUUGACUCUUAAAGAAACCAUUUCUGUUACACCAUAUGAAAUGGAUGGUGCCACGGCGUAUGAGAUUUCUGGAACUCCUGUGGAUUGUGUUUCUUUAGCUUUGUCUGGAGCGCUGUUUUCCUGGUCAAAACCUUUACUGGUAAUUAGUGGAAUCAAUAGGGGAUCAAGUUGUGGCCACCACAUGUUAUACUCUGGUGUUGUUGCUGGAGCUCGAGAAGCAUUGAUAAGUGGUGUUCCAUCUAUUUCAAUAUCUUUGAAUUGGAAGAAUGACGUAAGUCAAGACAAUGAUUUCAAGGAUGCUGUAACUGUAUGUCUGCCGUUACUUGAUGCUGCUCUUGCAGACCUUGAGAAGGGCAUUUUCCCUAAAAAUUGCUCUAUCCAUAUCGAAAUCCCUACAUCUCCUUUGGCAAACAAGGGGCUUAAAUUAACUAGAAAGAGUCUCUGGAGGUCUAUGCUUAACUGGCAAGCUGUUUCAGCAAAUAGGCAUCCAUCAUCUGGUCGAUUCAUGUCUAAUCAACAAAUCCUGGGUAUGCAGCUUGCACAACUAAGCCGAGAUGCUUCUGCUGCAGGUGCUGCACGGCGUUUGGGCACACAGAAGAAGAAUAUUGAGGUUGUUGAGUCAGUUGGUGCUGCAGGGAAAUCUGACUCUAAUAGAACGUCCAGAUAUUUCAGGCUUGAGUUGACCAAUAAAGAUCAUGGAGAAGAAGACGAAGAUCUGGACUUCAGGGCACUUGACAAUGGCUUUUUUUUUGCAGGCUUUAUAGUCUUUGGUUUUCCUCCCAAAGCUUUAGAAUUAGACUACGGAAAUGGAGACCAGAAAUUAGUUGAUCUUUGCUUCGUCAAUUCUCGCAAACGUAACCCUAAUCACCAAAUUCCUCAUCUUUGGGUGAAAGUGAUGAUUCCAACGAAGGUGAUCUUGUAUUUCUGGUUACUGUUUGCUGCCAUACCAGUAGUGUUUAUAGUGGACUGCAUAUCAACUGUCUUCAGUUGUCGUGGAAAGCGAAAGAAGGUUGUCGGAUUUUUCCAUCCUUUCACCAAUGAUGGAGGUGGUGGGGAGAGAGUUCUGUGGUGUGCCGUUAAAGCCAUCCAAGAAGAAUAUCCGGGUAUUAACUGUGUCAUUUACACUGGGGAUUUUCGUGAUGCUUCUCCUGAGAGCCUACGUGAUCGAGCCCGCAGUCUAUUUGGAGUCGAGUUGCUCUACCCUGUUGAGGUGGAGCACCUAUACAAGAGGAAGUUGAUUGAAGAAGCAACCUAUCCACGCUUUACCAUGAUUGGUCAAAGUCUUGGUUCUGUGGGUCUCGCAUGGGAAGCUUUGUGCAAACUCACACCUUGGUAUUUCUUCGACACAAGUGGUUAUGCCUUUACCUAUCCAGUUGCCAGGUUGUUUGGAUGCAAAGUCAUUUGCUACACUCAUUAUCCAACAAUCAGUUUGGACAUGCUCUCUCGAGUGCAUGGAAGGAGCUCUAUGUACAACAAUGACACGCUUAUUGCUAAUAGUAAAUUGCUCUCCUGUUGCAAGGUUUUAUAUUACUUAGUUUUUAGCUGGUUGUAUGGGAUUGUUGGCUCAUUUGCGCACCUCGCAAUGGUUAACUCUUCUUGGACGCAAUCUCACAUUGAGAAGCUUUGGGGAAUUCCUGACCGUAUUAAGCUUGUCUACCCUCCCUGUGACACUUCAAGGCUUCAGGCACUUCCAUUGGAAAGAUCCAUGAAACCACCAAAGAUCAUUUCUGUGGCCCAAUUCCGUCCAGAGAAGGCCCAUUCCCUUCAGCUUGAGGCAUUUUCUGUUGCCUUAAACAUGUUGGAUGUGAAUCCGGCAGCAAGACCCAAACUUCAGUUUGUGGGUAGUUGUAGAAAUGUAGCAGAUGAGAAAAGGUUGCAGAAAUUGAAGGAUCUAGCUGUCAAACUAAACGUGGUGGAGGAUGUUGAAUUUCAUGCUAAUGUGCCGUAUAGUGAUUUGGUGAGGCUCUGGGGUGGUGCAAUUGCAGGACUUCAUUCUAUGAUCGAUGAGCACUUUGGCAUAUGUGUCGUGGAGUACAUGGCUGCAGGCGCCAUACCAAUUGCUCAUAAUUCAGCAGGACCCAAGAUGGACAUUGUGUUAGCCGAAGAAGAAGAUGGGUUACCAACUGGAUUCCUUGCCCAGAAUGUGCAAGAGUAUGCGGACGCCAUCGUUAAGGUCAUUGAGAUGCCAGAACCUGAAAGACUGUUAAUGGCAGCAGCGGCAAGGAGACGCGCUGCAAGCUCCACUCCGGCGAUUGCCGCCCCAACUCGGGGCCUCGACAUUUUCUCUCCCAAGCUUUUCCCUUCUCUCCCGUCGCAGUUACAGUCACAGUCUCAGGGCAUUCCGCAUCAUUUGCCUCAAAACGACGACGCCGAUAUAUCGAAGAAGCUCCUCUCCGAAGGAUUCCUCUACCCUUGUGGUCUCCCUUCCCUUCCUUUCUUCCUCCCCGAUGGGGAUGAUUCGGAUUCAUCCGAUCCAAUGAUUUUAUUUCCUAAGAGGACCUACCAACCAAGCAACAUUAGACGUAAGCGGAACCAUGGCUUCUUGGCACGCUCGAAGAAUUGCAAAAGGCCGAGCAAGAAUUACGCCUUAGAUGCAGGGCCUUAUUCUGUAGUGUCUAGAAUGGAUUCAGCUCCUAGAGCUCGAUUCGCUGAUGAUAAGGUUGAGAAAGUAGAAAGGAGAGUUGGUUUGUAUUGUUAUUCAGGGGCUCAACUUCACGCGCAUCGUUUGACUAAUGUUGCUUAUAAUCUUGCUACUUUUUCUGCUUAA